CUCCUCCUACUACAGGAAAUAUUUAAGUGCACUCCAGUCGGAGCACUUCAGUCUUUCUCGGCAUUUGUUGUCCAGCUAACAAAGCCAAAAUGAUUUUGGAGCUGUUUUCAGCAACAACAUGGACUUUACUGGCUCUUCUUUUCUCCCUGGUGUUACUGUAUGGAAUUUGGCCAUACAGGUUUUUCUCCAACCUGGGGAUUGAAGGACCAAGACCUUUGCCUUUUAUUGGAACAAUGCAUCUCUUAAUGAAGGGAUUUCUUGGAUUUGACCGUGCGUGCCAGGCCAAGUAUGGAGAUGUCUGGGGGUUGUAUGAUGGACGAGCACCAUUGUUAAUGGUGGCAGACCCUGAAAUUAUUAAAAGUGUGAUGGUGAAGGACUGCUACACUGCAUUUACCAACCGCAGGGAUAGUCCUUUAAUGAACGGGCCGAUGGAUGACGCCAUUACAGUGGUCAAAGACGAAAGGUGGAAACGAAUGCGGAGCACAAUAUCUCCAUGCUUCACCAGUGGAAGACUCAAACAAGUCUUUCCUCUUGUCGUUCGCUAUGCAGACCUACUUAUGGAAAAACUUGGACACACAAAUUUGGAUGAGGCAGUCGAUAUCAAAAAAUUUGUGGCACCUUACAGCUUAGACGUGGUGACCAGUGCAUCUUUCAGUGUGGAGACAGACUCCAUAAACAACCCAGAAGACCCUGUCAGUGUUCAAAUCCAGAAAGCUCUAAACUUCAAAUUAUGGCCCUUUUUCUUACUAAUGGCAUUUCCUUUUUGUGCUCGUCUGCUGGAACUUAUCAAGAUUGAGGUGAUGCCCAAAGCCAGUGUGGACUUUUUCUACAACAUCAUCAAGAAGUUUAAAGAUCAGCAUAAGGAAGGGGAAUCUACUCGAGGAGACUUUCUGCAGGUGUUGAUUCAGAAUGAGAUACCAGAGUCGGACAUAAAGAGCGAACAGGAACAGCCCAGUAAAGGUUUGACGGAACAUGAGAUCCUCUCCCAGGCCUUCAUCUUCAUCUUCGGUGGCUAUGAGACAACCAGCGUUACACUUACAUACAUCCUUUACAAUCUGGCCACAAACCCUGAUGCUAUGCAGAAGCUGCAAAAGGAAAUCGAUGCCAAUCUGAAAAAAGAUGCUUCCAUUUCCUAUGAUGAUGUCAACGGUCUUCAGUACCUGGACCACGUUAUUAAUGAGUCAAUGCGUUUGCUUCCCACUGCACCUCGGCUUGAAAGGACCUGCAAGAAAACUGUACAGGUCAACGGUGUCACCAUCCCUGAAGGAACUGUGGUUGGGAUUCCUGCGCACCUGCUGCACAAGGACCCUCGCUACUGGAGCUCACCUGAGCUUUUUAGGCCAGAGAGGUUUGAUAAAGACAGCGGGGAGGAGGUGAACCAAUAUGCGUUCAUGCCGUUUGGUCUUGGCCCUCGUAACUGUGUUGGGAUGCGCUACGCUAUCCUUGUCAUGAAGAUGAGUAUUGUCCGCAUGCUGCAGAAUUACACUUUGGAAACGUGCAAAGAAACCAUGAUUCCGCUGCAGUUUAACUGGAUGUUUCAGCCACUGAAGCCUGUACAGCUCAAGUUUGUUCCUCGAAAAUCAUAACUCCAGAGGGAAGAGCUCCACAAAUAUCCAAAGUUGUUUAAAUCAAUCCAACUGGACUUUAAGAAGGUUCCUUGAAGACGUUUCACCUCUCAUCCAAAAGGUGGUUGAUGUUGCCUCAGCUUAAGCUGAGGCAACAUCAACCACCACCAGAACUGAAGAAGCCUCUUGGAUGAGAGGUGAAACGUCUUCAAGGAACCUUCUUAAAGUCCAGUUGGAUUGAUUUAAACAACUUUGGAUAACCAUGACCUGGAUGAAUGAGAAACUACACAGACAUCCACAAAUAUCAUGCUUCAGAAUGACAAGCUAUCACAUUAUUUUCAGAUUGUUGUUUCAUCCAAAGCUUUCAUGCUUUAGUGCAUUUUCACAAAUAGGAAAACAAUUUCAACAAAUCAAAUCAGCAUUUAAAAGAUAUUUUUGCUUAGCUUUGAUGAACUAGUCUGGAUUUAAACAGUCUAAGUGUUGUGAUUUGGGAUCUGGACCAAUGUGGUCUAUAUGUGAAAAAAGAAGUAAAUAUCACACUAUGUUGCUUUUACAAAUAAAAUGAUGUUUUUACACA